CACAUCAAAUGUUUCUUCACGGACCUCAGCCCCAAGAACCUCUUAAGUCUCGUGAAACACGUCAGGUCCUAUGACGCCCACGCUCGCGGCAGAACGCUGUACACGUGCAGGUAAUACUAGUUAAAGCAAAUACACCUGGUGAGGAUGUUAGGUGAUAAUUUAAACCAGUAGCAUAAUCAAAAGGAAUCCCAAAAGAUAUGAUUUAAGGAAAAAUCUCUUUUUUUUCCAAUUAGUACUUUUAAAAACAACUGUUCAUUUUCAAACAUAAUGAUUUUAAAUCCUGAUUACAGCAAUAAAUAUAAAGUAACUGUACUCAAUUGUCGAUAUAGCCGAUACAUCAAAACAAAGAUAUCAUCAGUAAACUCCCAACCUUUUUUCAUGCUAUUAAUGUUCUUGGUAUGGAAAUUUGCAGAAACGGCGCCGAUUACAGUGGCCUUAUAUGUGUGCUGUCCUUACUGCUCGACAGGAUUGAACAGGACGGCUCUCUCUGCGUUCCGCUUGUCGUGGGAGAAAUCAAGUCUAUAAGACUAGAGGUCAUCCCAACACCGGUAACUCUUAGAUCUCUUAACAUUUAUUUCUGUCUUUAGGCAUUACACAUUGUUAAGGAAUACGAUGAUAAAUCAUUUGGUCGUGCGUUUUCCUGCAAAGUUGUUGCAGAGUCAAACCUAGCUGAAAGAAUCUUCUUUUAAAAAAAAAUCAACUAUUUGACCUAAUGUUAAAUUUUUAAUAAUGCUGUGUUUCUGCUCUCUAUUUUAAAAAAAAAUAAACAUUUGAUAAUUUUUCAUUUUAGAAGGGAUACUAUGCAUGGAAAGUAAGGUGGACAGAGUGUAGGGUGAUUGAGAGAGAUAGGGAGAGUGAGAAAAAGUGCUAGAGAAUAAGAGUAAUGGCUUGGGGAGAGAGAGAGAUUCUUGUUUUGUUUAUAUAUCAAAGAAACAAAGUGUAUAGAGAAAUAUAGCAAAAGAAAAAUUAUGAAUUAAACUUAUUUCAUUCGCAAAUUUCUAAUCGAAUGUAUCGAACAUUUGGUAAAAUGAAUCCCUUGAGAUGUACACUGAUGUGCUGAAGCUAAUCCCUUGAGAUAUAGACAGAUGUGCAGAGAUUAAUCCCUUGAGAUAUAGACAGAUGUGCAGAGAUUAAUCCCUUGAGAUAUAUAUACAGAUGUGCAGAGUUUAAUCCCUUGAGAUAUAGACAGAUGUUUGGAGAUUAUUAAUCCCUUGAGAUAUAGACAGAUGUUUGGAGAUUAAUCCCUUGAGAUAUAGACAGAUGUGCGGAGAUUAAUCCCAUGAGAUAUAGACAGAUGUGCGGCGGUUAAUCCCUUGAGAUAUAUACAGAUGUGCAGAGAUCAAUCGCUUGAGAUAUAUACAGAUGUGCGGAUAUGGUUGUCUCGUCAUAUAUCGAUGAAAGUCAGAGUCUUUUGAAAAGGAAUUCUUCCAGUUUUGUUUUCUUCAAACAGCUUAAAGCUUACUUUCAUCUUGUUAGUGUUAGUUCAUUUUACAACGUUUUAAUUUAUCGGAAGGAGUCACGACGAUGCUAAUUAUAUUCAUGAUGUUAUUGUUGUUUUUUUCCCGUAAGUAUCAAUGUGAAAAUGUGUGUUAUUUUUUUUUAAAAAGAUAUUUUUGUUUAAAGAUCAAUUAUCUCAAAUUUUAAUAAUAAAUUAUAGAAGAAAUCAGAUCAAAAAGAAAAUUACAUAAUUUGUUUUUAAAUGUAUUUUACCAGUUGUAGUACUUUUAAAUUUCUUCAAUCACGGAGUUGACUAUACAGAAUGACAUUAAUUUGUAAGAAGUUAUUUUGUGACACUUGAGGAAUAAAUAUUCACAUCUUAUUAUAGUGCUGCAUUUCUUCUACAGGAGCAAUACCGUGUCAUCUACGAUGUGUUGGACAGGUACUUUCAAACGUCAAAACACUAUGAGAAUGUCAGCAUUGAUGUCUCCACCAAAAACAUGGACGCCAAAUUAGUAUUCAAACCAACCGCCAAUGAGUCAGCCGAUCAUGACGCAAACGUCUAUGGCAACACGGGCUUUGUUUACGACUAAGUAAUGCGUCUUCAAAUGACAGGAAGGGACGUGGUGGUCAAGAUAUCAAAAACUUAAAGAAAGCACUUUAAAAAAAAAUUUAACUUAGUAUUUAGAACAUGUUUUAUGACAUCAUCUCUCUACGGCUUCCAGAGUCGGCGUAUCACAAAGAGUGGACUUUUAAAAAUUAUUUUCUUUCGUUUUGCUUUAAAGAUAUAACUUUAUCUUUAAUGAGCAUUUUUUUUGUGCGCUUCUUUCACUAA